AUAAUUCUACAACAAAAGGCAGGCAGCGAGCAUAAAGAGAAAAAAAAACUUAAAAUUAACACGGAAUAUACGGAAGUUUUUCUGUCAGUUCUAAAAAUCGCCGCAGCCACACCCCCUGCAGCCCCAGCCGCCGUGUCGCAGUGGACACCGGAAUAACAAAGCGCUAUGGUCACACCGCAAUCACCCGCACCAAUGUUCAACGGACUGGACGACGAUUUGUACAACGAUGCCAAGUUCGCGCACGAGAUCAACGACAAGAUGCGCGUGCCGAAGCGCAUCAAGGCCACGGGCGAGUUCUCCGACGAGGAUCUGUUGCUGUCGAACCAGAAUGGGAUGAUCAGUUCGUGGAACUAUCACGACAAGAUCGAUAUGAAUGUGCCAGAUCGGAUUGUGGUGCUGGGGCACAAUCAGCAUCUGGAGACGCGCUCGGCGCCGCGUGAAAUCCAACUGGAGAACUCCAUAUUACCCAAGAAUCCGUCAAUGGGCUUUCUGCGCGUCCAAACGCCGCCGCGCGUCAUCACACUCACGGAUCAUCAUUUUCCAUCGGCCUCCGAGGAAAGCUCACCACUCAAACCCAAUGGCAAUCUCUAUGGCCACGAUCUGGAUGGCGACAUGGACGACGACGACGAAGACGCCCGUGCCACGCAAUAUGUGCGCUCCAAUGGCAACGUCCGCAUGGGCUUUCACAACAGCAACGAUGCCAACUCCGUCGAAUCGGACUCGCAGCUCACAACGGGCAGCGCGAGCAAACGCUCCCAGCUGAUGCAGCAGCAGCAGCAGAACAAUUUGGAUGCCUCGAUGCUGGCCCACCGCGAGGGCACGCCCAUGGGCGAGUUGACGCCGCACGAGGAGAUACUGUAUCUGCGUCGUCAGCUGGCCAAACUGAAUCGGCGCGUGCUCAACAUUGAGAUCAACAACGAGCAGCGAAUGCAGCGCGAGAAGAUUGUCUAUUGCCUGGGACUGGCCUACUUUGUGCUGAAGACCAUCUUUUGGCUGAAUCGCUAGAGAUGGAAUACGGGCUGCAGCCUGAUGGUGCUUUCCUUCGUUUGUUUUCUUUUGCUGCAUACACACACGCAACGCUAGCCGGGAAAACUGACCAGUUUACCAUGUUUUCUUACUUCCUUUAGUUUUUUUUUUUUGUAAAUGGCACCGAGAGAGAGACUUGGUUAGUUUUUUUUUUGCCAUAUUCGUUUUAAGUUCUGUAAUUAAAUAAGCACAACCUCGAUAUGUUUUUCCGUCGUGGAACCCAAAAACAAAGCAUCAAUUUUAAUCAUUUUUGUCAAUACAUCAAAUCGAAUUAAGUCAAAAUGCUUCUUCUUAUACGUAGACCCUGUACUUGUUGUCUAAAAAGCAGCCGAAACGCCCACAAACUGUCGCGACCUUGAACUCUUGUUGGUGUGUGUGUAUCCCUUCCGAACCCAUUCAAAGCACGGAACUGAAAUAUUCUUUUAUAUACAUAUAUAUGUAUCUAUGUAUAUAUAUAUAUAUAUCUAUUUGUGACUUAAUCUAAUAGCGCCUAAAUUUUAAAAUCACAUUUCAAAGUUGAUCUGAAUUCUCGUGUGCUUUUUGUUAAAUGUAGUUUUUUAGCCUAAACAUUGUUAAUCAUAAUCGCAUGGAGUAAUAUUUGAUCCCAACAACGUGAAACUAACGGUAUUUCUAUGCAAUAGAUAAAGAUACAUUACAUAACACUUAAAACUUAUGAAUUUUGAUGGUGAAGUUUAAAUAUACCGAAUCCAGCAACAGAUGAAAUCAUUUAGCUUUAGUGUUCGAUUAUUGGAGGAUGAUAUUUAAAACAAUAAAUAAGAAAAACGUU